GCUCGGCGCCGCCGUCAGGUGGGGCCCGAGGGCGUCUGCGCUCCCGCGGGAACUGAGGAGGCGCGCGCUCCAGGUGGGGACGGCGAACCCCCAGCCCUCCCCGCGCCAGGAGAACUAUGCCAUUUUUGGGUCAGGACUGGAGAUCUCCUGGAUGGAGCUGGAUUAAGACAGAAGAUGGCUGGAAGCGAUGUGAAUCCUGGAGUCGGGACCUGGAGAGAGAAAAUAACCCGCGUGCUCUCACUCACAGCGUUAUCUUAAAUAGUGACGAUGAAGAAAUAUUCAGUAACGAAGAACAGGAAUACACGUCCAAAAAGAGGAAAAAGGAUCAUUUUAGAAAUGAUACAAAUGCUCAAUGUUUUUAUCGUGAGAAAUGGAUCUAUGUCCAUAAAGAAAGCACGAGAGAAAGACACGGCUACUGUACUCUGGGCGAGGCUUUCAACCGCUUAGACUUCUCGAGUGCGAUUCAGGACAUUCGGAGAUUCACUUACGUGGUCAAACUCCUGCAGCUGAUUGCGAAAUCCCAGUUAACGUCACUGAGCGGCGUGGCGCAGAAGAACUACUUCAACGUUUUGGACAAAAUUGUCCAGAAGGUCCUUGACGACCACCAGAACCCCCGGCUCAUCAAGGACCUCCUCCAGGACCUGAGCUCCACCCUCUGCAUCCUCCUCCGGGGUGUCGGGAAGUCCGUGCUGGUGGGAAACAUCAACAUCUGGGUCUGCCGUCUGGAGACCGUCCUUCGCUGGCAGGAGCAGCUGCAGGACCUGCAGGUCACUAAGGUGAACAACGGCCUCACACUCAGUGACCUCCCUUUGCAUAUGCUCAACAACAUCUUGUACAGAUUCUCUGACGGCUGGGACAUCGUCACGCUGGGCCAGGUGACACCGACACUGUCCAUGCUCAGUGAGGACAGGCGUCUGUGGAAGAAACUCUGUCAGUACCACUUUGCCGAGAAGCAGUUCUGCAGGCACCUGAUUGUGUCUGAGAAGGGCCACGUGGAGUGGAAGCUGAUGUACUUCGCGCUGCAGAAGCACUACCCGCCGCGGGAGCAGUACGGGGACACGCUGCACUUCUGCCGCCACUGCAGCAUCCUCUUCUGGAAGGACUGCCGCCUUGCUUUGUUGUUCAAGGACUCGGGGCACCCCUGCACCGCCGCUGACCCCGACAGCUGCUUCAUGCCCGUGUCCCCACAGCACUUCAUCGACCUGUUCAAGUUCUGAAGGCGGAAGGGGUUCGCCGUGCUGUGCUGUCACCGGGGAGCGACAAGAGCCUGGAGAACGCGCCUCCCCAUCCCUGCACGGACAGGCCACAGGGCGUUGGUUUGUUCUGAAAAGGGGUCAGGGAACCCAAGCAAAAUCAUUUCACUUUCUCUAAAAUCCUCUUCGUUUAAGCCUGUGACGGUUUGCAACGUUAUGUGUUUAUUAAUAUGGCUCAGUAAGGUCCUGGGUUAGUAGCACCACGUUCUGUGCCACACUGACACUUACGGCUACCACU